ACGGGGCCGCGUUGGCGCGGUGUCUUCCGCCCUUCUGCGAUCCUCUGCAUAUUUUGUCUUUUUUUUUUUUUUGCAAUUUUAAACAUUUUGCAAGGCGGUGGGUUCAAGACAGGUGAGAGCAUCCCGCAGGUCGCCGCCCAGGAGCCGGGGGGCACUUGGCGCGCUCUCCGGAGACAGGCUGCACUGGAAACCUGAAAGUUUUUGGCUUUUAUUUUUUAUGCAGAUGCACUUAUAAAGAUACAAGUACAUUUUUGUUCUUCCCUUGUCUCCAAGCGAGUACUUUUGGCAAAGGACGGAGGAAAAAGCUCAGCAGCAUUUUGGGGGGCGGUUGUUGUUUUUUUAAGAAAAAUAUUUGCAUCGCAAUGGAGAAAAUGUCCCGACCGCUCCCCCUGAACCCCACCUUUAUCCCGCCUCCCUACGGCGUGCUCAGGUCCUUGCUGGAGAACCCGCUGAAGCUCCCCCUUCAUCCUGAAGACGCGUUUCAUAAAGACAAAGACAAGGACAAGAAGCUGGACGAUGAGAGUCACAGCCCGACCAUCCCCCAGUCCGCCUUCCUGGGACCCACCUUAUGGGACAAAACCCUUCCCUAUGACGGAGACACUUUCCAGUUGGAGUACAUGGACCUGGAGGAGUUUCUGUCCGAAAACGGCAUUCCCCCCAGCCCUCAGCAUGACCAAAGCCCGCACCCCCCGGGGCUGCCGCCCGCCUCCUCCGCUGCCCCCUCCGUGGUGGACCUCAGCAGCCGGGCCUCUGCACCCCUUCACCCUGGCAUCCCGUCCCCGACCUGUAUGCAGAGCCCCAUCAGACCAGGUCAGCUGUUGCCGGCGAACCGCAAUACACCGAGUCCCAUCGAUCCCGACACCAUCCAGGUCCCGGUGGGUUAUGAGCCGGACCCGGCAGACCUCGCCCUGUCCAGCAUCCCUGGCCAGGAAAUGUUUGACCCUCGCAAACGCAAGUUCUCCGAGGAAGAACUGAAGCCGCAGCCCAUGAUUAAGAAAGCUCGCAAAGUCUUCAUCCCUGAGGAUCUGAAGAAAGAAAGAGGAGCGAUAAAACGUUGGAGAUAUUUGCAGCCCAUGAAGGAGGCAGUCUGCAAGGAAACACAUGAAAGGCCAAUAAAAUCAAACUAUAACCUCUCAAGGUUGGAAAGAGAGAAAAUCAUUGGGGAAGGGCAUCUUGGCCGCCCAGUCUUCCAAGGGAAAUUCCCUGUGGGGAUUGAUUGAUUGAUAACUAAUUGCUGUCCUUUCCCGGAAGGCCUCGGGGAACAACAGCUGGAGACGGGACCCCUCUCCACACGGCCAACCUCGGGUGACCAGGGCGGGAUUUUGUUAAAGAAGCUGGUGGGUUCCCUGACACUACUUCUUAGUAAUGUUCUCUCUGGACCUCAAAUAACGAUCACUUGAAUAUCUCAACAAAAGGUUAAUUCCAAGUUGGUUUUUCUCUGCUGUGUUGAAGGGGCACAUUAUUUAUAAAGGAACAUAGGUUUAUCUUGGGAAGUCAGAUGCAACUUAAAAUUAUUCUGACACAUUUAAUGAACCUUAGGGAGGGAAUUCUUUAAAAUGUUGCAUGUCCACUGGCAUUAAAUUAGAACCACUUUUGAUUAGCUGUUGCUUAGACUUGUGUGUUUAUGCUUCAUUCCAAGCGUAUGGACAAUGAAGAAAUGAUUAUCUACAUUCAAGGUAUUGGCACCAAGCAUAAUUCAUUAACCCUUUCCUAAUGUCUGACCCCCAUCUCUCGGGCCUCAGUACGGUUCAGAUGAAGUGUGGCUCCUUGGCCGGGAAAUGGGAGUUUGGGGCGUUGUCCUGGGACUGGCUUAGACUCGUUACCUCUACUUUUCCAUCCAGAAAGAGCAUUGGAGGGGAAGUGUCUGGCAGAUUUGAAUCACUGCCGUCAUCUCCGUACCUGGAGGGAUGCAGAAUUGUCAGGGCUGAGCAGACCUUGGAGAUUCACUAGACCAAGUUACCCUUUUGUAGUUGAAGAAAUGGAGAGGCAGAAAGUGAGAUAGGUGAGCAUUGCUCACUGCUAGGUAGA